AUGGUUUAUUCAACUCUCAUUGAGAAUGUCGCCCUUGUUGGUUAUCCAGAAGAUACCCUGUAUUCUGUCUUGCUGAAAGAUGGGAAAGUGAAAUCAAUUAGACCCGCUGGUGAGAGUACCGCUCAGAUCAAUGGCUACUCAAAUGUCAAGGUUUUGGACAUGAAGACACAAGGCGAAGGAAAACAAUGGAUCGCUCCUUCCUUGAUCGACUGGCACGUUCAUUUCCGUUUGAACGCAUUGACAUCCCAUCGUUUCGAUUUACAAAGUUGUCAAUCUGCUCAAGAAGUAUUGGAUCAGGUUAAGCAUGCUUUGACAUUGCCGGAAUAUGAUCCUGAACAAGAGAUGAAUUUCGUCGGUAUAAAUAUGAGGAAUUCCAAUUGGUCUGAUCAGGAUAAAUUGGACAGAAAGGCUUUAGACGCUUUGGCAUCCAACCGACCCAUAUUCUUACUUUUCAACGGAUAUCACUCAAUGGUUGUCAACUCGGAAGGAUUGAAGCUGGGAGGGUAUGAUCCAGAAAAGCAUGACGGUUACCUGUAUGAGCAAGAAGCUUUCACAAUGAGCAGACAUCUCAGUAACGUCAAAGUAGACACUUUAGACAAGUGGAUGGAUGAUGAAGCUAGAAAAGCAGCUGCUCUUGGUGUCACUGAGAUUGUCGACUUGGAGAUGGAUUUCAACAUGUCGUCAUGGCAACGACGCUCAGCCAAAGGGUCACGAUGGCUCCGAGUUCAUUGCGGAAUGUACACUGAGCAUCUCUCUGACGCGAUAGAAAACGGAUACAAGACUGGGGACGUAGUACCCGGAACAAACGGACUGGUCACUGUCGGGCCAUAUAAAAUCGUAACGGACGGAUCAUUGGGUUCACAGACUGCUUUUUGUCAUGAUCAUUAUCCUGGAUCACCCGAUAACUUUGGAUUAUUAGCAUACAAACCACAAACUUUAGCCGACAUGAUACAAAGAGGGAUAGACAACGGAUUUAGAUUAGCUGUACAUGCCAUUGGUGAUCAUGCUAAUCGAUUGACGCUUCAAACUAUCGCAAACGCAUCAAGUCCACCUCUGCCAGGUUCAACCAUUGAGCACGCUCAGUUACUCGACUUUGACGAUCUACCUUUGUUCAAAUCACUGGGCCUGAUAGCUUCUAUCCAACCUUGUCAUCUAGUGGACGACAGAGACUUAUGUCACAAGUUUUGGCCUGGGAGGGAACAUCGGGCAUAUGCUUUUAGAUCGAUAGUCGAUGCCGGCGUACCGAUAAAAAUGGGCAGCGAUUGUCCGAUAGCGCCUCUUCAACCUUGGGAAGCUAUGGCGGUCGCAAUCAGUAGGGCUGGUCAAGGUGAUGAAAAGAACCCUUUUUGUGAGGAACAGAUCAUUGAUCUCGAAGUGGCUUGGGCUGGAUCUACCUCUAACGGUAAAGUCAGACUGGAAGUGGGAGAUCGAGCGGAUCUGAUCAUCAUACCGCACAAUCCUCUUCAUCUCAAUGCGGAAGGGUUGAGAAAGGUGCGACCGAUCGGAACAAUGUUAGCUGGUGACUGGACUUAUAGAAGUUUCUAA